AUGAAAGGAGAUCCUAAUAAGUGCAAGAAAAACAAAUAUUGCCAUUUCCAUAGAGAUCAUGGGCAUGACACGAACGGGUGCUAUGACUUAAAGCAGCAGAUAGAGAAUCUUAUCAAACAGGGAAAGUUGACGCAUUUCGUUGGAAGAUAUCAUAAAGACGAGAAGUUGAAAGGAAAGGUAGAAGAGUCAUCAUGGCCCUCACUUGGAGAAAUAAGGGUUAUCAUAGGAGGAACUUCAAUAGGACAAUCUUCCAAGUCAAAGAAGACGUACCUCAAGGUGGUACAAAACGUCGAACUCUCUGGACAAUCACCAAAGACGAGAGGCAUAGACGAGCCAGCCAUUACGUUCACGGAUGAAGAUGCAGAAAGAAUCCACCACCCACAUGACGAUGCAAUUGUCAUCACUUUACUUAUCGAGGAUUAUACAACUAGAAGGGUGUUGGUGGAUAAUGGAAGUUCGGUAAACAUCUUGUAUUACCCUGCCUUCUAA